AUGUUCAAACGCAAACGCAAAUCCUCCCCAAUCUCUCCAACCAGCGCCCCCAAAAGAUCCACCCUAAUAAAAUCCCUCAACGCCCUCCCGGAAAAUACCUUCCAAACCCGCUUCAGUCCCCAAAAUUCCCCCUCCCACAACCACGAAACCACAACCUACACCACCUCCCCCAUAAUCUUCUCCCAAACCCUCCCUCCAACCCUCCUAAACAAAUGCUUCUCCCUCAUCGCCACCACAAGUCAACAAGACUACGAAACCUCCUCGUUCGGCUGGCAUCCAACCCGGAAACUCCGCGAAAUGCAGGAUCGAGAUAUGAGAUUUCUUCUCUUGUACUCCUCACCCUCCUCCUCAUCCCCUUCAAAAGACGAAGAUGAAAAUAAAGACGAACAAUUCCAGGGUUUCACCUCCUUCACAUUCACCCACGACUCCCACCCAGCAGUCCCCGUCCUCUACGUUUACGAAAUCCAUCUCGUUCCCUCGGCGCAAGGAAUCGGGUUGGGGAAAUUUCUCAUGGAUUUGGUUUUGGGAAUUGCGAGAAAAGCGGGCGUGGAGAAAGUCAUGUUGACGUGUUUUGUGGCGAAUGAGAGGGCGUUGGGAGCUUAUCGGAAGUGGGGGUUUGGGGUUGAUGUUUGUUCGCCUGGGGAGAGGAGGUUGAGGGGGAAGAUUUGGAAGGCGGAUUAUGUGAUUAUGAGUUUGGAGUUGGGUGGGGAUGGGGAUGGGGAUAGGGAGGGAGGUGAGGGGGAGUGGGAGGAUGAUGAUGAUGAUGGGGAUGGGGAGGUUGAAGUGGGUGAGGAUCACGAGGGCGAUGAUAAAUAA